UUGAAACAAGCGCCAUAAUAUUUUACACGAAUUUUGAGUUGUUCUUCAAUAGAAAAACAUUCAAUCAUUAUUUUUUACUGUGCUAAUGCAUGAAAUAUAUUAGAUUUAUCUUUAGAAAAUAUACAAUUUCUUUAUAUGUCAGUUUUUUUCUCAAUAUUACUGUUUCGUGUUUAAGACAAUUUGUUUUCAACCGUGGCGACCUGCGGGAGAGGCUGGGAUUAUUUGACAAGUUAAAAUGGCGGCCUCUUUUGAACUCAAAAAUCUAGUGAUUUAUCACGAUUUCUUUGAUUGAGUGCCUUGUAAAAUACUUUUAGAAUUUAACUUAUAUCGUAAAUCAACAGUUAAGCAAUAUGGAUCAUAACUUAGAUGAUUCUUUGAACUUGGAGAGUGAUAUGGGUGUUGAUUUUGAGCACUCUGAAGACACUGUGGUUAACCAAGCAGACAUGGUCCUAGAACAGCAUACGAGCCAAGUAGAAAAUAUACCAAUGGAGUUUGCCCACAAUGAAGAUCACUCUAUGCUUAUGGAUACUGGUGGUGAAGAAAUUAUUGUUUCAGAUUUUAUGGGAGAUCAGUUUUCUCUUCAGGAAUAUUCGGUACAGAGUGACCAAACUACAGGACUAACUACAACAGUGGAAUCUAAUCAACAACACAUGCUGUCGUCUCAGGGAGACACAAUGAUAGAUUUAGCAUUCCAACCACAAAUGGUGACGGUCAAAAAGGAACCCGUACAGCACAAAAUUAUUGCUGUAAAGACUAUGUCUCCAAUGCGCACUGCUACUACAGUAAGAAGAAAUGAGACAGCAGUAUUAACAACUGCACCCCGGCAAGUGGCAAUUGCACCCAAACCCCCUAAACUUGUAGCAAAGACAUACACAACUAACAAGCAGCUUGCUAUUGCUCCUAAACCAGUAACUCUGGUUGCAAAUCGUAGCAACAGUUUAGUGAAGAAAGUUUCUAUAGGAAAUGUGCAGAGCAAUACGAAAGGAAACACUGUUUUGACACAAAUUGGUAAACAGUUCCAAAUUAUGGUUCCAUCUUCAACACAAAAAAUUAAACUGGUACCCUCAUCGGGAAUGAAUACUGUUCAGUAUGUUAGGAGUGAUUCAGACCAGGCACAAUUAAUUCCAACAAAGGGUGCUAGUGGAUCACAGACCAAGCCUGUCAUGACUAGGUUAAUUUCAAUGCAAGGCGGCGGCGCGGGCGCGGCGGCGGAGGGCGAGUCCCCGCGCUACGUGGCCGUCCCGCACAGCGCGCUGCCGCUCUCACUCGCCAACAAGAUGUUAUUGGCGACACCAAAUAAACAAGGAGUGAAGAUCGCCAAGAAACAGGAAAUUAUAUCUCUAAAGUCACCGACGCCUAAACUGAUGCCCGCACCGGCCCUAAGUGUGUCAUCGAGCACCGGGACGAAACAAAAGGUUGUCAUCUCAGCAAAUCCUAUGCAGAAUGUUAUAUUAAAACCUUCAGCCCCUCCUAAAUCGACCCAAGGUGCAAAAGAAGCUAAUGCAGUAGAACCGCAACGCUCACAGUUGCAUCAAAUCAAUGUACCGGGCAAAGGUAUCCAGUACAUUCGCGUGGUGACGAACUCGUCUAAGCCGGCACCGAAGCCUUUGCUGUCGUUGCCGCCCAGGACCUUCAUGCUUUCAGACGGUAAGGGCAAUCUAAUUCAGAUGAGUGCUGAGAAGAUCGCUUCCUCUAUUGUCGUACCUGGGAACACGAAUACACUGCCUAAAGUGGCCCCUAAACCUCCACGGAAAUUGGUUAGGAUAGCACCUGUCGUAAAAACAGCAGCAGUCACACAAGCGGGCCGCUCGUCCCAGAGCCUGCUGGCGCCCCUGUCGCCGCCCUCACCCGCCUCGCCCGCCUCGCCCGCCUCGCCGCCCUCGCCCGCCUCGUCCGCCUCGCCCACUCCGCCUGCCUCUCCCGUGCACUCGCAGGACGAGGACUCAAAAAGCGAGCUACGUGCGCUCAUCGAGAAGGCGGUUGCAGAGGGAAACGUCAACGAGGUGGAAGUGGAAUUCAAUCGUCCUCCCAGUCCGUCAGAACUAGAAAACAGCACAGAUGGAGUAGGGCGACACGACGCUAGCGGCAGAUCAGAUGAUCAUCCGCUGAUCGUUAUUCCCUCUAAUUACGACGAAUCCGAACUUAUCGUCUCGGAGGGACAGAACACUUUAGAUAAUUCCCAAAGGUCCGACAGCAUGAUAAACAUUGAAGGAGAAUCGGCCAAUACAUAUCAGUCCCCAAAUACUCCAGCACUAUCAGAAUCAGAUAUCGCAGCAACGGACCUAGGCCUGCGACCUCGCAAAGCCUGCAACUGCACAAAGUCGCAAUGUCUCAAGCUAUACUGUGACUGUUUUGCAAACGGCGAGUUUUGCAAUCGCUGUAAUUGUAACAAUUGCCACAAUAACUUGGAAAACGAGGAAUUGAGACAGAAAGCUAUAAGGGGAUGUCUAGACCGGAACCCGAACGCUUUCAGACCAAAAAUAGGUAAAGCUAAAAUCGGAGGCCCGGAGAUGAUCCGGAGGCACAACAAAGGAUGUAACUGCAAAAGAAGCGGCUGCCUCAAGAACUACUGCGAAUGUUACGAGGCGAAAAUAGCGUGCUCGUCGAUCUGCAAGUGCGUCGGCUGCCGCAACGUGGAGGAGACGCUGGAGCGCGCGCGGCGCCGCGACCCCGCCCGCGCCGCGCCCGCGCGCCCCGCGCCGCACUUCCGCCCGCCGCCGCUCGCCGAGGCCAAGCAGCCGUGCAGUUUCAUGACGACGGAGGUGAUCGAGGCGGUCUGCCAGUGCCUGAUCGCGGCCGCCGUGGACAAUAAGGAGGACGAGGAGCGGCAGGAGGCGGACCCCAUGCGUGACGUCAUCGACGAGUUCGCGCGCUGCCUGCAGGACAUCAUCAGCGCCGCGCAUCAGAGUGCGCCGCUCGCCUUCUUGGACGAGGGUCCUGCGUGAUAUUUAAAGAAUGCUGACGACGG